UCUACAGCCUUUGAACAGCAGCUUCUACACGACUACUAGCCAGCUUGCCAGUGCUAUUCGCCGAGUCUGGGCAAUUCUAUUCACUUGCUUUGUUGUGGCCAAACUGAGACUUCGUUCCCCUCCCACCAGCAAACAUGAUCGGAAUGGAAACGUACAACGGCCAUGUGCGCACGCCUGCAGAUGCCAUCAUUCUCUUCGAGGCGUGUCGCAUAGGUCUUCUCCCGCGCGUCCAGCGUCGCCUGUCGGAAAAGGAGCGUCAAUCGAUCAAAUCCGGCUCGGUCUUCGUUUGGGAUGAGCGCGAGGCGGGAAUGCGACGAUGGACCGAUGGCAAAUCGUGGAGUGCAAGUCGUGUGUCGGGCAGCUUUUUGACGUAUCGCGAGAUGGAGGGCAAGCGUGGAGGCAACAGCAGCAAUGCGGCUCGCGACAGCACGAAUCCUCCGGAAGCUGACUCUGAUGGAGGUGGGCCGGAUGGCUAUCGCUAUAAGCCUGACGGACUGAUGAAGCAGUCAUUCUCUAUCACGACGAACUCUGGCCAACACCUGCAUC